AUGCACCAAGCAAUCCCCGCCAGCACACGUCUAAAGCAACCGGAAACCGCCGUCGCCGGAGGAAUCAGCGAUGCCAAUGGCGUGGACGCCGCCAGCGUGAUCAAAAUGGUUUCGGAGAACGCGGUGAUAGUAAUUGGGACACGUGGGUGCUGCAUGUGCCACGUGGUGCAAAAGUUAUUACAUGGUCUGGGAGUGAACCCUCCCGUGUACGAGGUUGACGAGGGGGACGUGGCUGUCGUUGCCGGCGAGUUGUCUAGAAAGAUUGUUAGUUUCUGCGGCGGAGAUGACGGCGGAACUGUGGAGUUUCCGGCGGUGUUCGUGGGUGGAAAGUUGUUUGGAGGGCUGGAAAGAGUGGUGGCCACCCAUAUCUCGGGUGAACUGGUUCCUAUACUAAAAGAUGCUGGGGCCUUGUGGCUUUGA